AAAGGAUCCCAUCUGUUACCGCCAAAACCCGCUCCUUCUCCCCCUUCUUCCUCCCCGUCUCACAAUCACAAUCCCAUUCAGACGCGGCCGCCCCUACCCUAGCAGGCGCGGACGCAGCCACCAUGCCGGCCCAUCCAACCCCUCCCGCCGCGCGCCUCAGCGGCGUCACAUCCCGCCGCCACGCGGAGCUGCUUCUCCACAGCGGCGUCGACGGCGUUUCUGUCAAGGACCUCCGCCUCCGCCGCAUCGUCCCACCCGCCGCCGGCUCCCUCGACACCUCCCCCAAGUGCGUCUCACCCGUGAAACCCGGAUCUGUUGACAGCACGCCUCCGGAGGCUGUGUCGUCAGCGGCGGCGGCGGCGGCCGGGGACCUUGACCGGAAGUUGGCGCCCCCGCGGUCUAAGCUCGUCCGCGAUCCACGCUCGUUUGGCUACCGGCGCCUGCUGCCUUUCCUGAACGAGAUGACGAAAAACAAUAGCUCAAUCGGCAAGGAGGUGUUCCUGCAAGACACGGCUGCACACCCAACGGAUGAGCUCAGCCGAUCUGAUUCUCGGUUAGCUGAUGAAUCUAUAGGCGUUAGUCACAGCGAACCUGAUGCCAUGGAUCCUGUCGAGCCGGCGGUGGUGAGCACUGGAGGAGACACCGAUGGGAAGGCUACCUGCGGCAAUGUCAUGGAAGAGACCAAGACUGCCCCUCAUGACCUAACUAACAAGCCGUUGCUUGCCCGAUGCACAAGGUCGAGGUUUGUCCAUCAUCCAAGCUCGUUCAGCUACAAGAGGAUGCUGCCAUUUCUAAUGGAAGACGAAAUAUAUGCUCAAGAAAGUGGCAGGGUCAAAAUUCGAAAAGUUGCUGAGGAAAGGCAGUUUGCGGCAAACAAGCAUGAUGCCUCAGCCAAUGGGCAGCAGUGUCUUGCUGUCUCGGAUGACUCUUCUCAGGAAGGCAAUAGAGCUCAAUUUAAAAUAGUGGAAGAAGAAAAGCCACUAAAAGCAGAUGUGAAUCAUAUUCUUGAUGACAGACAGCUUAAGCCUCCUGUCAUAGAAGCGUCUCCUGAUUGUAGUGCAACUGAAGUGCAAAAUGUCAUGCAGCAAGAAGCUUUAGCUUCAAGUCAAGUUCCCCUAACUUCUUUUGAUGGUGAAUUAACAUCAGACGGGGACAAUGUCCAGUCCAUUGGACAACAUCAGCUUGUUGUAUCAGAAGAGUCUCAAGAGGAAUGCAAAAGAGAUGAAGUCAACAGAAGCAUUCACGAUGAAGCAGUACAAUCAGAUGGGGGCUAUGCUCUGGAUAGCAGAGAAUUUCAGCCUGCUGCAUCAGAAGUCUCUUGUUCAGAAAACAGCAUGGCUGGAGUGCAAGGGGCUGCACAAGAAGAACCGUUACCUUUAGAUGGAGUUCAGGAAAAUUCAGACAUGGGCGACGAUGUUUCCACAGAGCAGGCUCAGCUCUGUGUCACAAGUGAAUCCUUGUCUGCGCAGCUGCAAAACAAUGCUGAAUUCGCUGAAGUACUGCCGUGCCAAGACUUGGACUCAGGAUGUCACGACAUUGGUUUCGGUAGUCCUACCAAGAGAGUCGUACCAUCGUUGCAUCGGCAUUGCGCACAACAACCUCAGGACUCUGUGGUUUCUCAUGAUGAUCAGCUUCUUGACGAUGACAUACAAAUGGUCGGCAGACUUUCUGAUCCCUGUGCUGCUGACAGAUCCUCAUCAAUGGAGGAAAUGUCUGGCCGCAUUCUGUUCACCCAAUCAGCAUCGAGCAAAGCAGCCAUAUCAUGGCCAAGUGGUGCCCAUUCAAUGGAAAAAAGAGCUCGGUCUCCUAAGGAGCUUUCCCCAAAGAAAGGGAUACUCAAGAGGAGUACACGGGGGUGCAAGGGUAUCUGCAUGUGCCUGGACUGCUGUACGUUUCGCCUACACGCCGACCGAGCUUUCGAGUUCUCCAGGAAGCAGAUGAGAGAAGCCGAUGACAUCAUAAGUAACUUACUGAAGGAGGUGGACAGUCUUAGGAGCCUGCUGGAGAAGCAUGCUGGCCAAGCAGCCCGAAGACAGGCCUGCCGGGUGCAGGAGGUGGCCAGGAACCGCUGCCAGCAGAUGUUUGCGGAUCUAAACUCCCACUGCAGAAUCCCCGGACCAAGGGUUAGGUUCGCCGAAUACGUCGAGGAGAAGGCCGCGUCGUCUCCACGCAGGAGCAGCCGGAGGUGACUGGAUUUCAGGAGGUGGCAGGUGAACUGGCCUGCCCGAUCGUGUUGCUGAAUUGUUCGGUACAAUAACUAAGUAGUGCUGCUUGGCGAACCAUCACCCUUGUCACUGGUUUGUGUUGGUUUGCCAUGCUUUGAGCUUUGAGUUUUGUACUGUAUACUAUGUGUUCCCUACAUUCCAGAAAAUUGUAAGUCGAUUUGACUUUUUAGUUAUAUGCCUAGUUACAUAGCAAAAGUUAUUACAUAUCUAGAAAAGUCGGAGUGACUUGUAAUUUGAAGAGGAGGGGAUACAAUUUAUAUAUUCAUAGACAAUAGCUUCAGAUUCGUUGAGUUGGUCA